CACUUAAUAGCCUACCCAGCCUUACUGCAGGGCAGACUGCGCAAAGUCGAAGCACUGGCCAACCAUGAGCCCGAGCCUGGCUUAGCAACUCGAAUCCUUGAGAUUAACACAAACCAUAUAAGGGCAUGUCCCUUACCUGACAUGAACCGGACGAAUGCAGCUGCUUAAGUCGUAACGCUGUAACAUGUGCUUCGUUUCUUGCUUUACGCCAAGGCGCUGCGAUGAUGCGCGUCAUGCAACUCCUUACCCACAGCCAGAGACGCCCUAUGUUGACGGUGCCGUCGGCGGUGCAAGCGGGACUGAGCCCCUUGCGCGCGGCGCUGCGAAUCAACUCUUGCAGAGUCAAGCGGUAAAAAGCUAUCCUGAGCGUGGCGCCUCCACUGUUGUUUCCCUGCGUACUCGACCAUCUCCAGAUUCGACGAUGGCGAACGAUGCCUUAAUGAGCACCAGCGGCAGCCUUGCCACCGUGCAUACCGCCGUUACUGGUAAUUGUGCCUUGGUAAAAGGUGUUGGUAUCAACCAGCUUAUCGCCGCCAGCACGCAACAGCUAUCGCCAGCACCGCCCAGCGUCCUCGCCCAUCCUGCUCCAAGCCUCGCCAACAGCAGCCAAACCGCCCCCUACCGCAACUGGGUUUCCAUUUCCAUCGACACGGUAGACAUGACGGGCAAUGCCGAGGUUCCGAAGACUGCUGGCCCCAUCAUUGGCUCAGCUGCCCCGGCAGGAGCUGCCCCGGCGCGAUGCCAAUCCCUGCCACUGGAGCUUACAACCCCUCCCGCAGCAGCAGCCCCCUCCCAGCAGGCACGACCGGCGGCGCCAGCGUAUCGCCUCAGGAAGCCCAGCUCCACGAUGCUGCUGGAACGUGGGGACGUCUCCUCCACAUUGCCACCACAGCCACAACCUCCUGUGGGGGCCAUGUUGGACCUCUCUCGGGUUCGGGACCACGUCACGGAGCUGCGGCCGCUGUACAUAAGGCCUGGCGCCGCGCUGCUGCUGGGCAAGGCCACGGCCUCGGGUGAGCCCCUGGUGGCCCGCUUCGAGCGCGGCCGGCCCGACAUGCUGCUCGCACCGCCACUGCUGCACGCCCUGCAACACCGCCGGCCGCCGCACCACGCCAACGUCCUCUCCAUGCUUGGCGUCUACACCGUCCAGCUGUCACCGCCUCGGCAGCUGCGGCUGCCUAACAACGCACCGCCCGCGCUGCCCGCCUUGGCGCCCAUUGCCAUCCCAAGCGCACCUGCCGCAGCAUCCACCGAGGGCGCGAGCCGGGAGGUGGUUGGCGGUUGUGACGAUGGUAAUGACGAUGAGGGUGGUGCCCGCAGCAAUGGCGCUGAGGAGGGCGGUAUGGAUGGCGAGGGCGAGAGCGAGGCGCCAGGGACCUGGUCAGCAUGUGAGGACCUGCUGACUGCGACGCUGGCGCUGCAGCAAGCCGGCAGCGGCGGCGCUCGAAGCAGUGCUGCCGGCGGCGGCUGUGCUAGGACGGCAGCGGGCGGAGACUUGCCGGGCGCGCCGGUAGUUCUGUCCACUGCCGGCGUACAUGGCGGCAGUGCGGCUGCCGCUGCUGGUAUGACCGCCACUUGCAGCGCGCGGCUGCGUAGGGCCAUGCAGAGCCCCCAGGUGCUGCUGCGAGACGUGGUGGGGCACCUGCGGGAGGGCGGCGGUGCGCAGCCGAUGGUGGGGGAGAACAUGAAUGAGAAGUGCAGCAACCAGAUGGGGGAGGGCGGCUUGGGCAGACGUGCCAGCGCCGGCGGUGAAGGAGCUGGCAGCUGCAACUGCGGAGGUCAUGGUGUCGAGGAGGCUGCGGUUGACGCCUGUGACGGUUCUGGCUUUAACAGUGCACGAGAGGGAAGGUGCCAGGAGGAGGAGGGUGAAGUUGCGGGUGGUGGCGCGGGUGGUGGCGGCUGCGUUGGCGGCAGCGGGAGCAGCUGUGGUGGUGCUGCUGCGCUCGCUACGCUAUGUCUUUCGGAGCUCUGCAGUGGAGGCAAUCUGUUUGACGAGGCACGGAGGGGCGCAUUCAAGUGUCUACUGCAGGAGCUGUACGACAGAGCCUCGCAUGCCGCGAUCAUCGUUUCGGAUGCGGACCUCUUUUGCCGCGUCGAGCGGUUCAUAGCCACAGCUCGAGAAGUCGCCCAAGGCUUGCGCUACCUGCAUUCCGAGUACGGCAUUGCGCACGGCGAUUUAGUCAGCCGCAACGUCCUGCUGCAGCGCCACACGUCGGAAGAUGACCCAUGGGUCACCCGCGGGUAUUCCGCCAAGCUCGCUGGGUACGGCAGGCUGGAGAUGCUGCCGACGACGCCGACGCAACCUGCCCCACCGUCGUCCAGCUGGAACAAGGACCGAGAUAGCGGCGGUGGCGGCACCGGCGCUACGGCUGCAACCGCUGGCGGCAGUAGUGGGGAGGUCGCAAGCAGCUGCUUGCAGCAGCUCUCGGCUACCUCCCUGGCGCGUGUCAAUACGGUGCAUGUGGGGCUAUGGCGCGACGUGCAUUCCCUGGCACCAGAGCGAUUGCUGGACCCUCAUGCGCCGCCCACGUGCCAGGCUGACGUGUAUUCGUACGGUACGGUGCUGUACGAAAUGGCAAUGGGAGAGGCACCGUGGGCGGACAUGACUCCAGCCUGCGUCGCCGUGGGAGCCGCCACAGGCGACUUCCGCAUCCGCUGCCGCCAGCCCCUGGCAGCACCCUCCAUCGCGGCACUCAUCGAGUGGUGCACCUCCCCGCGUCCCCAGGAGCGCCCCUCGCUGCAGCAGGUGUUGGGCGCGCUGGCAGCGCUGGAGGCGGAGGUGGGGGAGGGCAGGAAGAAUACCCAAUGUGUUGAAUGAGGAUGGCAAACAGGACGACAAGCUGGUGGAGGAGGGCAGGGAGCGAGCGGUGUGGCGGCGGCGGCGGCGGGAGUAGCAGCGGGUGAUGAGGGCGUUCUUGGGGUCAACGGAAGGCGGUGUGGACGGCGACGCGAGAAAGUCUCAGAGGGCUGGUUUCAAGGAAGGUGGGGAUUUGGCGAGAUGGUGGCGAGGGAUGGUGGUAAGGAGGUAAGGUGGUCAAGUCGUGGUGAGCGUGAAUGGUCCGGGGGGAAAGCUGUUACCCCCACUCACCACACAGGCAGGGUGGUAAGGGCUGCGCCCGUAAUAUAACUGCGCAAAGGAAUUCAACGACGGUCGUGCGCACGAUUAAAUUGUGCCAUGAACCUUAAAACGGUUGUUAUGCGUGGAAGCUAGUAGCGAGUUUGUACAGCUUGCUGGGUCGCGUAUCCUGGUUCGAACGAAGGUAUUGCUGGUAUUGCUUGGGGUUUUCCGGUGGUGGGGUACUUGCAUGUUGCGGUUCCCUUUAAGUCGCCAGGAUGGCCUAGUGCUUUAACUGCAUGCAGCUCGUACUCCUUAUAGCCUGUCGUAUUGAAUAUGUUUUUUGGCGGUGCGGUCUUUGUUGGGCGUCAAAAGCGCAGGUAUUGGCCCUGGAUGACUGGAUAGGGAAUCGUACAUGUUUUUGUGUGCGCGUCUUCGCAAAAAUUUUUGAUCGGCUUGUCAUUACGCAUUACUCGCAAUUUCGCAGUGGACCCAAUCCCUGUCCGGCAAAACGUUGUCUCCAAGCUGUCAGUCCUAAUCGCUGGCUUCGUAAGUUAUCGCAGGUACUGUACAUUAAUCCUGGAAUUGCCGUACCGGUACUCAUGCCCUGGCAUGCGCCUCCGUAUAUGGUACUUAUGCCUUCCUUGCCUGCUCGUUGGUGCGGCUUACGUGCAUACGUCCCUGAGGCGUGUUUAGGCGUUGUUGCUAAGGCCUCCUGGUCGUUGUGGGUUGGUGAACCUUAUCCUAGUAACGGUGUUUGUGCUGAAUGGGAAUCCCGUUAUUGUCCUUUUCUCUGCACUUGCAAAGAAGGGCUAUCCUUUGGGCUUUCGAAAGCAGUAACCAUCCGCGGUUUCAGUACUCGAGAAGAAAACAUACACGCAGCUCAGUGUUGUCUUGGCAUUGCGGGUUAGCAGGCGUUGCCCAUGCUUGUUUGCUUGCUGUGGAGGGCAGGCGGCACUGCGCAGUUACGAGCGUGCAAGCGCGUUCUUUGCAGGGGCGCCGUUGAGGAAGAUCUGCUGUUAGGGACGAUCAUACUUUUGUUGUUGGUACCAGGCCUAGAGGCCUCGUAUUGGAACGAGGUUGAGGCUUCUCAGGGGCCUACUUGCACAGGGGCCUACAUGCCCUUUGUGCCAAUUUUGAUUUUAGUAUUUCUGGCGCCGUUGUCUUGUGCUUUUCGGGCACAGGGGUACCUGUGAUAUCCGCCGCUUCUGGCAAUCAACCACCCAUGCGGCUAGCUACUGAUGGCUGCGGCAGGGGGAGUCUACUGUUGUAUCGAUCGGAAGUCCAUUAGCACCCAGGCGCAUUUGCGACGCUGGUUUUGUCAUGCUCCGGUCAAACCGUCCGUGUGCUGUCUGCUGGGGGUUGGUUUUGUCGCGUUUUCCCCGGGUUUUAACCGAAAUAAGUUGGCGCCUUACGUUGCGUACAUGCUGCGCGCCAUGAGGAGAGACCACUCAGUUUCCGAUGUUGUGUUGGGAUGAGGUGUAAGGGGCGAUGCGCAAUCCGUAUUUCUGCAUGCAGAAGCCCCGGCCCUCAGCGGCCCUCCCUUUGCUCCUGGUUGCAGCUGUAGGGUUGACAGCAACUCAUAUGCACUGUGCCUUGCCUAAACGUUCUCGGCCCCUUGUGUCCCUGUCCUUCGUUUGUAAUGUGGCAGCGGUGGUGUGCGCUCUCCUGGAGCUGCGGCGUAACCAUGAGGCCUGCCUGGAUAAUGCCAGGUGACUCUGUCGGGGGUGUUUAAGUUGGAGAACUGUUUGAAUAGUUUAAAACGUGCAUUCGUAUUUGGGCAAAGCCGUCAUGUCCGUCUAUGCCUGGGUAUUCGGGCCUGGCCGGUUGAAUUUGAGGAAGCACUGGUUCUCGAAAAGAAGCAUUGGAAAGGGGCCCCACACAAGUUAACCUGGCUAUCCAUGUACUGGUCCAUUGCGCUGUCUACUAAUCGUGUGUCAUACAGUGCUGUAUUUUAAGUUCUAACUGUACGGAUGUACGGUGUUGUCGUCGUACAACUCCGUACCGCUUACUAAUUGCUACCUGCUACAACCGCCGUAGUGAACUGAAGUUAUGCUUUCGUAAGCUUGGUGCCGCCGCUUGAUUGUGUGCAUGGCUGCCGGUAUCCGUAAUCAAAAUGCUACUGCAAUUAAUCUGGACUGAUGGGAGCGAAGUGUUUGGACAGGAAGCCAAUAAGUUCAACU